AUAUGAAUAGACGUGUACGUGUGUACGUGUGUGUAUACGACGCGCAACAUUCGCUGCUGCACUUUCUCGCUUUUUUGUCAAGUGCAUUAUUGCUUUGAAAGACUCGACAAUUGUUCGAAUUGACGGAAAGUAUGAUCAAUCGUAUCCGACCGCGCCUCGUAACGUUCGACGUGACCGGUACACUGCUGAUGACCAAGCUGGAAGAACAUUACAUCGAGAUUGGUGCUCGACACGGUUUACCGAUCGAACCAGGAAUGUUGGCGCAAAGUUUCAAAAGCAAUUUCGUGCGGCUUAGUAAAGAACACCCUAUAUUUGGCAAGCAUACUGGAUUAGGCUGGAACAAGUGGUGGAGAAGUAUGGUGCACAAUGUGUUCAGUGAUCAACAUGCUUCUGUAUCGAGGGACACGUUAGAUCAAAUCGCAGACAGUUUGAUAAGCUGCUACGGUACCAGUAAAUGUUGGCACAAGUAUCCUGGCACCAUCGAUCUACUCGAGUCUCUACGGAAAAGGGACGUCGUCUUGGGAGUCAUCUCAAAUUUUGACCAACGAUUGGAAUCGAUCCUCAAGGACACUCACAUUCGCCAAUAUUUCACCUUCGUCCUGACCUCGUACGACUUCGGAGUGGAAAAACCGAGUCUACUGAUCUUCGAGGAGGCGUUGAGAUUGGGCAAUUGCUGCCGAAGAGAGGAAAUAUCACCUCGUGAAGCAAUGCACAUCGGUGACCGAGUUGAUAACGACUAUUUUGGAGCUAAAAAUGCUGGUUGGAGUGCUGCAUUAAUCAAGCACGAGGAUGACAAGACCGCAAAUGAGAGCCAAGUCCCCAGGGAGGAUAUUUUUACGAGCUUGAAGCAACUCGAAAGCCACUACGAAAGGAUUCUUGGAGCGAAUUGUGUGGCACGCUCGUGAUAUUAUUUGUCACUUGACGAAAAUGAGGCUGUGCUUGCCAGUAUGUACGGAGAACAAUGUGAUAAAAAAGAAUGAAUGUACAAAUUUGUUUACAUAUGUUAAUUUCGGUUUCAAUAUUUAUGUUUGAUACGUCAUAAGUUAAUUAUUACUCGUCAUGCACUUGUAAAUUAAAAAAGAAUCAAUGUUUUGUUAACAGCAAGCAAAUAACGACGAGUAAUUGAUAAAUAAUAAAUUGUAUGAGAUUUUAAUAUAGCAAUAAGCAGAUUCUCUCAGUGCCACAAGAUGCUCGAUUAUACAUAGGGAAAUAUUAUCAAAUAGUUAUAUAUAUAUAUUUUCUUACAUAUAUUUUUCCGUGUACGCAUUGUGUCGUGAAUUAUUACUACACAUAGUAUCAUUAGAGCUGAGAAAUAUACAUAAAUUUUGGAAAUGUACACUGUAUAUAAGAACAUGUAAUCACUUUUCAUUGAAUUGUGUUAAUAUAUGAUGAACUUUAUGUUGAAGGAUGAAAGGAAAGAAUGUUUUACAAAUAAACUGGUUCAUUACAAAGUUGUACAUGGAUA